CAGGUAAUGCACUGUUGAAAGCAAGGCCUGAAUAGAUUCAGUCAUUAUCAAGUCAAAUUAAAUGUGGUGAAAGGUUGCUACCAUUAUCAAAUAGGAAAAAUCUGAAGACAUACGGACUACAUACAAGGAAGAUGUCAUUUAGCAGGCCCUUUUGAUCCCCACCAGAGAGAAGUCACGCUGGAACAAUGACAACCACUUCAGUUGGCAGCUGGCCCUGCUCCUCCCAUGGAAUGUACUCUGUAACUAAUCACAGUGACCAAGCCCCACAGAACUUCUCAGGAAUGCCAAAUGGUACUAGCUGUUCCAUGGAUGAGAAACUUCUAUCUACUGUGUUGAUGACAUUCUACUCUAUUAUCUUUGUGGUGGGACUGGUCGGAAACACGAUCGCCCUCUAUGUGUUUCUGGGAAUCCACCGCAAAAGAAAUUCCAUUCAAAUUUACCUACUUAACGUGGCCAUUGCAGACCUUCUACUCAUCUUCUGCCUGCCCUUCCGAAUCAUGCACCACCUUAAUCAAAACAAGUGGAUCCUGGGUGUGGUUCUCUGCAAGGUCGUGGGAACGCUAUUCUACAUGAACAUGUACAUUAGCAUUAUUUUGCUUGGAUUUAUCAGUUUGGAUCGCUACAUAAAAAUAAAUCGGUCUAUCCAACAACGGAGAACAAUAACCACCAAGCAAAGUAUUUAUGUUUGCUGUAUAGUAUGGACAGUUGCUCUUACUGGAUUUUUAACUAUGAUUAUUUUAACACUUAAGAAAGACGGGCACAAUACCACAAUGUGUUUCCAUUAUAGAGAUAAGCAUAACGCAAAAGGAGAGGCAAUUUUUAACAUCGUUCUUGUGGUUAUGUUCUGGCUAAUUUUCCUACUAAUAAUCCUCUCAUAUAUUAAGAUUGGCAAAAAUCUACUGAGGAUUUCUAAAAAGAGGUCAAAGUUUCCUAAUUCUGGUAAAUAUGCCACCACAGCCCGGAAUUCCUUUAUUGUACUGAUCAUUUUUACUAUAUGCUUUGUCCCCUAUCAUGCCUUUCGAUUAAUCUACAUUUCUUCACAACUAAAUGGAUCACCUUGUUACUGGAAGGAAAUCGUUCACAAAACCAAUGAGAUCAUGCUGGUCCUUUCAUCUUUCAAUAGCUGCUUGGAUCCGGUCAUGUAUUUCCUGAUGUCCAGUAAUAUCCGCAAAAUAAUGUGCCAACUCCUCUUUAGACGAUUUCAAGGUGAGGCGAGCAGAAGUGAAAGCACUUCAGAAUUUAAGCCAGGCUAUUCCCUGCAUGAUACCUCGAUGACAGCUAAAAUUCAGUACAGCUCCAAGAGCACCUGAGGUGACUAAAAAGAAUCAUACAGUCCAGUCUCUUCAUUACUCAAAGGUCUAGAAAAUGAUGAAACAAAGCCUUCACAUUUACAAAACUCUGACCUCCUCAAGGCUCUGUUUGUAUUUGUGGUAUUUCAUUUGCUCAAGUGUAAAAUAGUU